GGAAACGAAGAGAAACAGAGAAAAAACCGUCCAAAUUAAACGGCUGAUUCACUGUCAAUGGAGACGGUCAUCGGAGCAGGGGGAGUAGACGGCGGCGGAGGAGGAGGAAUUUCUCCGUUGAACGACGACAUUCUUCGCAACAUCUUAGGCAGACUUCCGGCUCGAUCCUUCGCAUCGGCGGGCUGCGUUUGUAAAACAUGGAACUCCGUUUGCAAUCGGAUCCUCUGCCGCCCUAAAUUCUCCUCCGCCGUGUCCCUCAAUCCCUCUCUUCACGUUGCGGUAGAGGAGGUCCUUCAGAAAGUUCUGUCGGAGCCGAUUCGGCCGCAUUUCGCUAUUGCCUGUAUCGGCGUGGAGUUCAAUCUGGAAGCCGUUCAUCAUCUCAUCACUAAGGAAUUGGGCUCAAGAACUCCUGUGAUAACAAACGCAGCGAGAGGCAUAAUGGGCUUAGGCGCAUUAACCAAUGAAGUCAAGGAGGUUAAAUGGGAAUCAGUAGCUGAUUAUGAUCUUGAAACUCAAGAAUACAAUUCAAUCUUCAAUCGAAAUCGAGGCAUUGUCCUGGCUGUCGGGUUUCUGCCCGGAUUUAAGAUCGAUGAAAUCUCGCUCCCUCGCUCGAACAAGGUGUUUCAAGGAGCCAUGGUUGACAAGUUUAUAAUGGAUAUCAAGGACUUCACUGCCUCCGUCUCUGAUUCCACAUCUCCUUCCUGUAUCAUAUUAUUUGGAGAUCAUCUUGUGGAUAUUAAACCCAUCCUUGCUAAGCUGGAUUCUGCUAUGGAUGAAGAGACAGUGAUUGUGGGCGAUGCAUGUGGCUUUUUCUUGAGCAAAAGCAGACGAACAAUCAACAGUAUUGAAGGGGUUUCCCUUGAUGCUGUAGCUUUAGUACUUGCAAGGGACAAAAUCAAGCCUCAAGGUUUAGGCGAAACAAGUUUCCAUUUCACAUCAUCGACUGGAACAAUCCCUUUUGGGCCAGAGUUGAGAGCUGCAUCCACCAAAGUAAGAGGGUCGAGAUUCACGUGGCUCUCUGCAUUAAUGGAAGGAGAUGAUGAGAUCCUUUAUGGGCAUAGCAUCCUAAAGGCUCUCAAGGAAGAGAUUGAAUACGACGAUCUGGAAACUGACCUGUUCAUUGGGGUCAGGCAAAACAGAGAACACACCAUUGGUUCACAAAACUUGGGUCCUUCAACAUCCUUGGCCAUGUACAAAGUCUUAGGAGGAGACAAGGAGUAUUUUGUAGUGGAUGGCGUUGGAAUCAGGCCAGGAGAUUCCUUCUUAUUCUACCAUUCAGAUUCCCAAACUGCUUCUUCUUCUUCCUACAUAGCAUUGGAACAUCUUGCAACUCUAAAGCCACUGCCCAUAACCAGAGCCACUGCAAAUUCUAACACUGCCCCCCAGAAGAAUCAAGUUUUUGGUGGCCUCAUUUUCUCCUGCCAUUGUCGAGGACCGGCCUAUUUUGGACGUCCAAACGUCAAUACAUCGCCCUUUACCGAAAACUUCCCAGGAGUUCCGUUUGCCGGGGUGUUUUGUGCCAAGGAAAUCGGUCGGGCCUUUACUAGGUCGAUUAGGAUGGAGGAGAAGGAGGAGAAGGAGGAGGAGGACGACGACAACGACGAUGACAACGAUGAUGACGACGACGACGACAAUGAUAAUAAUGAUGAUUACGACGACGACAACGAUGAUGACGAGGACGACGAUGAUGAUGAGGAUGACGAGGACAAGGAUUCUAUUCACCGUUGCUUGCAUGUUUAUAGUACAGUUUAUCUAGUGAUGUCUCAUACAGAUGGAUUAGUAAAUUAGUAGAACAAAAAAAUGGU